UCCUCUGCUCCUCUCUCCUCCGCUCUUUCUGCCCAGCAGCUGCUGCAGACUGACAGCUGAGACCAGGACCAGCGGUGGAUGGGACGCAGCAGCAGCCACAGCAGCAGCAGGGCGCACCAACCGAAGCAUGCCCCAGCGCAGUCAUGACUUGCUCGGCGUCAGAUAGCGAGAAAAUCGUCAUCAACUGCGGAGGGAUCCGACACGAGACCUACCGGAGCACCCUGAAGACGCUGCCGGGCACGCGCUUGUCCUGGCUGACCGAGCCCGACGCGUUCAGCAACUUUGACUACGACCCCAAGUCCGACGAGUUCUUCUUUGACCGCCACCCGGCCACUUUCGCCUUCAUCCUAAAUUAUUACCGUACCGGCAAGCUCCACUGUCCCAACGAUGUCUGCGGGCCGCUAUUCGAGGAGGAGCUCGCCUUCUGGGGCAUCGAUGAGACCGACGUGGAGGCGUGCUGUUGGAUGAACUACAGGCAGCACCGCGACGCAGAGGAAGCUCUGGACAGCUUCGAGACCCCCGAGCCAGACGCACCGGAGGAUGACCCGGCGCUCACCGGCGGAGCGGAUGGCGACCUGAGGCGGCUGUGCAUGCAAGAAGACGGCCGCAGGGCCACUUGGUGGGAAGUGUGGCAGCCCUGGAUGUGGGCGCUGUUCGAAGACCCCUACUCCUCCAAAUACGCCCGGUAUGUGGCGCUUGCCUCCCUCUUCUUCAUCCUCCUCUCUAUCUCCACCUUCUGCCUGGAGACCCAUGAGGCCUUCAACACCAUCUACAAUAAAACGGAGAACGUCACUACUGGGAACAUCACACGUGAGGAGAUUGUAUAUGAAGUUGUCACAGAUGGCUGGCUGACAUAUGUGGAGGGCGUCUGUGUCAUCUGGUUCACUAUUGAGGUGAUGGCCCGCGUCAUCUUUUGCCCCGACAAAGCAGAGUUCUUCCGCAGUGCCCUGAACAUCAUAGACUUUGUGGCCAUAGUGCCCUUUUACCUGGAGGUAGCGCUUAGUGGCCUGUCCUCCAAAACAGCCAAAGAUGUGUUAAGCUUCCUGCGUGUCGUACGCUUUGUCCGUAUCCUGCGUAUAUUCAAGCUGACCCGCCAUUUUGUUGGUUUACGGGUUCUGGGCCAUACUCUGAGGGCAAGCACCAAUGAGUUCUUGCUGCUAAUCAUUUUCCUGGCACUGGGCGUCCUCAUCUUUGCUACCAUGAUCUACUAUGCUGAACGUAUCGGAGCUGAUCCAGAUGAUCCAACUGCUGCAGCCCACACCAACUUUAAAAACAUCCCCAUCGGCUUCUGGUGGGCUGUGGUAACCAUGACCACACUGGGAUAUGGGGAUAUGUACCCAGAGACAUGGUCAGGAAUGCUGGUGGGUGCCCUCUGCGCCUUGGCAGGUGUACUGACCAUUGCCAUGCCCGUACCAGUCAUUGUCAACAACUUUGGCAUGUACUACUCCCUGGCCAUGGCCAAGCAGAAGCUGCCCAAGAAAAGGAACAAGCACAUCCCGAGAGCACCACAACCAGGCAGCCCUAACUACUGCAAACCAGACGCUUUGGCAAUGGCAACUGCUUCUCCACACAGGCUAAUGGGCAACGUCCUUGGGCCAGGUAUGGUGGGAUCCGGGAGCAUGAUGGGUACUGGAGACUGCCCCCUGGCACAGGAAGAGAUCAUCGAGAUAAACAGGGCAGACUCCAAGCAGAAUGGUGAUGCUGCAGCCAAUGCAGCAGCCCUGGCCAACGAGGACUGCCCCACCAUCGACCAAGUGUUGGGGGACGAGCGCAGCCCAGCUACUGGAGGCCUUGGUUCCAACACCAGUCGUGAGCGCUACCCACAUGACCGGGCCUGCUUUCUGCUGAGUGCAGGGGAGUUCCAGCGCACUACAGACGGAAAUGUUCGGAAAGUGCUGAGUUUCUAAUGCUUCCACCAUUUUCACCAUAAGAAGAGGGAAACUGUAAACUCAAAACUGCUGCUCCUCCACUUCCUCCAAAUCAAUGUAAAAACUGAGAGAAAGCGAGAAGAGAGAGAACACCAUCAUCAUUAUCAUCAUCACAUCCAGGACAAAUAACUGGAUUUUAAUACGGGAGACCAAAUAUUCCACCUGUAGUGAACCGGCAGUCCGAACAAAUCACAUGAAAGGAUUUUCCUGGAUGGAAAGCUGGUGAUGUGUAAGAGCUCCCACAGAGACUGAUCUGGUGAUUCCACUGCUGAGCUGCAGGUAACGGCGGGCUGGAGUCUACUCACACAUAUCUGAAAACUCAAGCCAUAUCAUGCAAAUUUGUUCUCACCCAGCUCUUUCUACAGACUGUAAACUGAACAUCCGAGUAACUUUUGUCCCACCCUGAUAGAAAUUAGCCAAAGACAGAUGUGGAACGACAUGUCAGAUGGGACAAACAGAAACCCACAGAUCAACCUAAUAUAAAAGACAAGGAUAUCAUCAGCCAACUUCCUCUCUCUCGCUCUCUCUCUCUCUCUCUCUCUCUCUCUCUCUCUCUCUCUCUCUCUCUCUUCUCUCUUUCUAUCUAUCCCCCCCCUAAAAUCUUUGUGGUCCCUUUCCUGCAUCUCAACACUGCGACUGCUCCUCCUCUAUAGCAAAUAUGCAUGGCAUGAAUGAAACCAAUAAAAAUCAGGAGAAGGACAAUGAAAUGAAGGGUUUUUAAAAAAAAAAAAGGCGGGUGGAGUUUAAUGAGGAAGUUGCAGAAAGACCUUAUCUUUAGCUUUGUCCCACUUAGCAGUCUCAGAGUAAAGACAUUGGCUUCCCUUUUUAACUCGUCUAAUCUGCUGUUAAUGGAUGAAACUGCACCCUCUGGAGGCGGAGAGGAUGAGUAGACGCGCCCUCCUCUUAGAGAAUGGGGGAGGAAGGCGAUUGUGAAGACCACACCUGUCGGGAUGUGGGAAAAGAAAGAAGGCACUUUACGGGAUUUAGAGAACACCUAUUAUA